AUGUUUGCUCCAGGAGAUGCUGUUGAUACGAUUAGAACACGACAGAUUGCUGCAAUAAAACAAUUGGUUAGCUUGAAUCAACCGGUCCCAACAUCACUGGCUGUUGAACCUGUGUGGAAAAUUUUAAUUCUGGAUAAAUAUGGGCAAGAUGUAAUGUCUCCUUUAUUAACCGUUAAGGAACUUCGCGACUUGGGUGUCACUCUACAUCUGUUGUUGAAUUCGCAUAGAGAUCCCUUGCCCGAUGUUCCAGCUGUUUAUUUUGUUUCCCCCACUGAUGAAAAUAUCAAGGUCAUUUGUGAUGACUUAAACAAGAGGAUGUAUGAUAGUUAUUACGUAAAUAUGAUUCAUCCGCUUAGCAGGCCGCAGCUUGAACAGCUUGCUUCUGCCGCAGUUUAUAGUAGUUCGUUACAACAAGUCCAAAAACUUACGGACCAGUUUCUUAAUUUUAUAUCUUUAGAAGACAACUUAUUUGUUCUGCGACGUUAUAGCGAAAAGAGUCCUUUUUCGUUUUUUGCCAUUAGUGAUCCAUCUGUUACAAAUGAGGAAAUGGAAGCCUUGAUUAACUCAAUUGUCGACGCCUUGUAUUCUGUUUGCGCAACCCUUGGAAUAAUUCCUAUUAUAAGGUGUCCAAAAGACAAUGCUGCCGAACAAGUUGCUGUUCGAUUGGACCAGAAGCUGCGCGAAAAUUUUCGUGAUGCGCGUAAUAGUUUUUUUGCUCGUGAAAAUGUUCGGGCUGGACAGCUGAACGUUCAUCGCCCAGUGCUUGUAAUUGCUGAUCGUGGUAUCGACCUGGCAACGAUGCUGCAACAUACAUGGACAUAUCAGGCUCUGAUACAUGACGUUUUGGAGUUCGAUUUAAAUAGAAUACUUAUGAAAGGUAAGAAUGGAAAAAUGAAGGAGUAUGACAUGACCUUCAAUGAUAAGUUAUGGAUGGAAUACAAGGGUAGCGCAUUUCCUCUAGUUGCUGAAGCAAUUCAGGGUGAAGUUGAAGCUUAUAAAAAUAGUGGUGAUGAGAUUAAAAGGCUGAAAAGUGUUAUGGGUGUCGAUGAUGAUGAAUCAGAUGAAACUGUAUCUCUGCUAUCAAACGCUACCGCAAAAUUGUCAUCUACGAUUGUUUCCUUACCAGAACUGUUAGAGAAGAAGCGUUUAAUUGAUUUGCAUACUAAUGUGGCUACCUGUGUUCUUGAUCAUAUAAAACAAAGGAAGCUGGAUGUUCUUUUUGAAGCGGAAGAAAAAAUUUUGAAUAAGCAAGCUUGUGACAGUUCAGUUCUCGAUCUGAUGAAGAAUUGUUCUCAUCACGAAGACGCACUUCGUGUCAUGAUUCUUAAUUAUCUCAGUGCUUCAAACGUAUCGGAGGCGGAGCUUGAGGAACAAAUUGGAUAUUUGAAAGAAGUUGGUGUUGACGAGUCUGCUGUUAAAUUUAUCAAGCAGUUGAGGUCAGUGUCCAACAUGUACCGGGUGGCAGCAGAUCACUCCGGUGGCGGUACUAAAACGGAUAGUAUGUUUAGCAACUUGCUAAACCGAGGCUCUCAGCUAUUUAUGGAAGGUGUUAAAAAUCUUGUGCCAAAGAAGCACAAUCUUCCACUGACAAAGAUGGUUGACACUUUAAUUUCUGGCUCACAAGGAGUUUCAAAAUCAGCGGAAGAGGAAUAUCGUUACUUUGACCCGAAGUUGACACAUCCUACCGGACGAGAUUCGCAGAGGAGUCGUUCAAUGGGUCCGGCUCACGACGUGAUUGUGUUUGUUAUCGGUGGAGGGAAUUAUGUAGAGUUCCAAAAUUUAGUGGAAUACGGAAAGACAAAGGGACUUGCAAGAGUCACUUACGGUUGUACAGAACUGGUUACGCCGAGGCAAUUUUUAGAUCAGCUGACAAGGCUUGGACGGAAAUUGCCUUGA